GCAGGUGCAGAUCUGAUGAUAUGUACUUACAGCGAUGGCUUUCUACAAAGUGAUCUGUGUGGCGACUCUGCUGACUCUCCUGACACAAGAGUCUCACUCACAACUGAAUGUGUGUGGUCUGCCAACACUCAACACCAGGAUUGUCGGAGGAGAUGUGGCCCCUGCAGGCAGCUGGCCCUGGCAGGCCAGUCUGCGAACCUCAGAGCCCCACAUCUGUGGAGGAUCCCUCAUUAACAAUCAGUGGGUGCUGACUGCUGCUCAAUGCUGCACCAGACAAGGCGUAGGCACGAGCACUCUGACUGUGGUUCUGGGUCUCCAGAGUCUACAGGGAACAAACCCCAAUCAAGUGUCUCGGGCAGUAUCACAGAUCAUCAUUCAUCCCAACUUUAACCCUGGAACUUUUGAAAACGACAUCUGCCUCCUGAAGCUCUCCUCACCGGUGACAUUCAACGCCUACGUCCAGCCCGUCUGCCUGGCAGCCACAGGCAGCACCUUCUACAAGGGCACUGUCUCCUGGGUCACCGGCUGGGGCAAUGUUGGAACUGGAGUGUCCCUGCCUUUCCCACAAAACCUAAUGGAGGUGCAGCUGCCGAUUGUUGGAAACAGAGAGUGUACCUGUAACUACGGAUUGAGUUUGAUCACAAACAACACGAUGUGCGCCGGGUUAAAUGUUGGAGGGAAGGGCAUCUGUCAGGGGGAUGGAGGAGGUCCAUUGGUGAGCAAGCAGGGCGGUCGCUGGAUCCAGGGGGGAAUCACGAGUUUCCUCAGUAAUAAGGGCUGCGCAGUGCCUAAUAUCCCAUCAGGCUACACCCGAGUGUCCCAGUAUCAGUCCUGGAUCAACAGCCAGAUCACCAUCAACCAGCCGGGCUUCAUCACCUUCACCUCCACAGGGACCGAUGGUGACCUCAGCGUCACCUGUCCUGCCCUGCCACCACCCAUAGCCCAAGUGUGUGGUCAGCCUACGCUCAACACUAAGAUUGUUGGAGGACUGGUGGGCUCUGCAGGCAGCUGGCCCUGGCAGGCCAGUCUGCAAAGCUCUGGAAUCCACUUCUGUGGAGGAACCCUCAUUAACAAUGAAUGGGUGCUGACAGCUGCUAACUGCAUCACAAGGUAA